AUGUCCAGUGUAGCACUCGCGCGAGCGUACCAGCAAUCCUUUGCAGCUCAUCCAUAUGGCACCCUCGCAAUCACGAACGGCACGCUCAAUGCCCUCGGCGAUAUUGUCGCACAGCUGACCGAAAAAUGGGUGAGUCAGAGUGCCUGUAAAACAUCGAGUGGCCCGUAUAGAGAACAUUGGGGAUAUGAUCUUCCUCGAACGAUGCGUUUCUUCUUGUUCGGGUUUGCAAUGGGUCCCGUCAUCGGUCGCUGGAACUUCUUCCUCGAGCGCCAUUUCCCGUUGCGCUUUCAGAGCACCACGCCGAAUGGCAUCGGCAAGGUCGACAUUCGUGCGCUGUCGAAGCGAGUAGCAGCAGACCAAUUGAUCAUGGCACCCAUUGGCCUUGCGAUAUUUAUAGGCUCCAUGGGAAUCAUGGAAGGCCGAGAUAGGCCUCAUAUCCGGAGAAAAUACGCGCAGUUAUUCUAUCCUGCCCUCAUCGCGAAUUGGCAGGUGUGGCCCCUUGCGCAGCUUAUCAACUUCAGGUUCAUGCCUCUACCGUAUCGAGUUCCUUUUCAGUCGUCCUGUGGUGUCUUCUGGACGUUAUAUCUUUCUAUCCUGAACUCAGCGGAGGCGCACCGGCAAAAGGAGCUGGACGCAAUGGAAAAGAUGCAUAGCACUGAUUGAUGGAUUGCUCCUUGCUCUACUCUUCCCUUUCUUGGGUAUCUCGUGGAGGAUCUUGUUUGAGGUCUCCGGUUGUUUGCCUGUCAGGAUCGCUCCGAGUCAUAGGACGGGAAUCCGCCUCUCAUCAUCCACUGUAGCUCUAGCACUCACAUACGUAUCAACUACCCUUUCUCUACUGUACUUUUUGCACCUUGUCUGCCCAUCCCGGCGUACAUAGAUUACAACAGUAUAUAUAGACGAUCGCGUGACUGAUCUUGCCCAUC